UCCAAAGCUCGUUCUCGACGGUUUUAGCAGCUUUCAGAUCACCAGUACACUGAACCAAAAGCUGUUUCUUUCGGACACGUCUGACUGAGAACCAAGGAGCUGAUGAUGUUGAGCAUGUGUGAUGCACGUGAGGCUAACGAACAGUGUGGACAACUGAUGCUGUGCUAAUGCUACGAGCGCACGUGAACAGAGGACUUAAAUAUAUGGAGCAAUCUGGCAAAAUGUACUACCUGGGUUUCUUAUAUACUGGACCUGUUGUAUUUUGGUAAUGAGGCUCCAGAGCGCCAGACUUCACAGCCUAUCUACAUGAGGGUGCCAUUCCUGGAGUCCUGCUUUCAAGUUAUUCCAUCGGGGACAGAACUGGCUGAUAAUCUGACGACUUCUCCUCACCUCAUCAAAACUCAUUUACCUGUUCAGUUGGUGCCAAAGUCCUUUUGGGAGCAGAACUCAAGGGUGGUGUAUGUAGCCCGUAAUGCAAAAGACAAUGCUGUUUCAUACUUUAAUUUUGAACGCAUGAACAUGGCAGAGCCCGAACCGGGAGACUGGAACAGCUUUAUACAGAACUUUAUGGAAGGAAAGAUUUUGUUUGGUCCGUGGUAUGACCAUGUCAGCGGAUGGUGGGAGAAGAAACAGACAUAUUCUAACUUACUGUACUUGUUCUACGAGGAUUUGGUCAAAGACACAGGACGUGAGGUGGAACGCUUGUGCUCCUUCUUGGGAUUAUCAACUUCACCUGAGGAGAGAGAGAAAAUAACAAAAGGAGUUCAUUUCGAUGUCAUGAAAAAUAACAAAAUGACCAAUUAUUCCACACUCCCUGUCAUGGACUUCAAAAUUUCACCCUUCAUGCGGAAAGGUAAAGUUGGAGACUGGAAAAAUCACUUCACUGUGGCACAAAAUGAACAGUUUGAUGAAGUUUACAAACAAAAGAUGAAGAACACCCCUGUCAAGUUUCGGACUGAACUUUAAAAUUUGUGUUCUGGAUAACGCUAGACAUUACUUACUCACUGAGGGUUUAAGAGGAGGCAAAUUAAUAUUGUUUUCAUUUACAGAAUAUUUUAGAUUUUAAUCAUGGGUUCGAUCCCAGGGGAUUGCGCAUAGUCAGAAAUGUAUAAUACAAUACACUUUUUCAUAAAAGCGUCUGCCAAAUGCAUAAAUGUAAAUGUAACCAUUUUAAUGAGUGUAAAAUAACUUCUCAUAUCCCAGUUUAAUUAGCAAAGUUCUGGGCUAUUGUGUCUUUCAGUCAGGAUGCCAAAAUGUACAACACAGUCAUUGUCAUGACUGUGUUGUACGUGACAUUGUCAUGAACUGUAAUAUAUUCAUUCGUGUUUACUGACACGAAUUUCCCCCUUUUUUUCGUUUCACCCAGCACGACUUUCCAUCGAACAUAUUUUAAUACGGCAUAUCUUUCAUAUGUAUAAAUAUAUAUCAACGCAAUCUGAUGGGAAUUCAUUGCUAUUUUACAAGGUGGCUCAUUUGUGUGAAUUCCUAUUUCCUACGAUCUCAUUGGUAUGUUUUGUAAUGAUUUGACUCUUCCCCAGUGACGUUAGGUUUAGGGGCGGAGUUAGGGUUAUCAUUGUUUUGCCACCUCGUGAAACUCGCGUUUUUAGCAAAAUUAGCCUUUGCGGCUGUGAUUUAAGGUGUUUGUUAGUCACAUCCUAAAUAUGUACGACUUCUUUUGAUAUCAGGUUAAAUAAAAAUGAAAUAAAAUUCCUUCCUUGAAUCGCGCUCUCUUGGCUCUCUUGAGAAUACAAGCUCCAAAGCUCAUAAUACACUUCAAACAGAAAAC